AAAAAAUGAUCUUAUUACCUGUUGAAGGUCGUCCUUAAAACGUUAUGUGUAAUAUAUUGAAUACAAUAACUAAAAGAUUGUUUCCUGUUAUACUUACUGCUCAAGCUGUCGUAGCACUCACCCAUCCAGAUAUCAGCGAUUUCAUGAAUACAAUGGGCUGCAGGGGUCAGUUGGCCCUACCUAUUACAGACGACAUAUUACAACAAUGCUCCACUUACUCGUCAUAUGUCAAGUUCUUAAUCAAAGUGGUAUAAGUAGCUUAGAAAAAACAUCACAUAUACUAAACGUGCUGUAGAAUAUAUCUUACUGCUUUCUAUCGUCAACGCAAGACCUAUGACGAUGAUACUUACCAUUACCGCCAUGCAAAUCAAUAACAAGACAAACUAAUACAUGAUGAUAGGGGUCAAAACGCAUUGGCUAAGCAUAGAGUGACCGUUUCUAUCAAGCUCAACAAUGGUUCUUAGUUUAGACCGCCCUAAGCGGGUGAGACUGUGACUUGAUUUCGUGAUAGUGAAGGGGGUCCCGACGACUCUU